AUGUUUAGCUAUGGUCACGGAGGAUGGAGCCUCUAUCGUGCUUGGUUGUCCGAUCAGAGAAAAGUAAGGCUGCUAAUAGAACACGAACGUGUCGUCACGAUGCGGUACAGUAACAUCCUCGGUAUUCGGACAGCUUUUGGUGCUGGCAAGACAGUCGUCUGUGGCAUCAUUGCGGGACAGUGGGGGUCAGGUGGAUUUUCCCCUUUGGCCACAGUCAGUAACAAUGCGGCGAUCGCCCAGUUCGCACCAACGAUGUUAUUGAAUACGACGUACAAGCACCUAAAUAUUCUGAGAUUCGUGUCCAAUUCAGCGGCUCAGGAGAAACCUACGCUUGCGCGGGUGAACACGAACAAGAUACUCGUGUCACUCGGGGAGACGCACUUUGAUAGGAGUACCUGCGAUUGA